AUGAUACCUGAUGAUACUUUAUGUCUCUAUAAUCUCACGCUCAAGCAGCCUUCACUGCCGUUUCAAUCUAUUGUUGGUCAAUUUUCUGGCGUGAAGAAGGUCGAGGAGCUUGUACUCAUAUCGACCACUAUCAUAGAAGUUUACCAACCAAAGGCAGAUACGGGUAAACUAAACAAAGUUUCGCUGCAACCUGUGUUCGGAAUCAUCCAAAAAUGUACAAAGUUAAGACUACUAGAAACACAAAAAGACGUUCUUGUGCUCACUGCUGAUUCAGGCAACAUAAUCAUUGCAACUCUCAACGAUGAAACCAAAAAAUUUGAGCCACUAAUACAGGAGCCACACUCCAAGAAUGGUCUUCGACGGAUCUUUCCCGGCGAGUACCUCAGCUCAAAUCCGCAGAAUCGAGCAAUUAUGAUUGGUGCUUUGGAAAGAACUAAGUUUGUGUAUAGAGUGGAGAUGGAGCACGGAACAGGUCAAUUAAAGCUCUCGUCCCCUCUAGAAUCUUAUAGCCCGGGUUUCCUCACUGUCGACCUUUGCCCUCUUGAUACAUCAUACGAAAACCCCCUUUGGGCUGCAAUUGAGGUAGACACAUCGGAAUUUGAAGAAAAGAAAUACGUGACGUCGGAAUCGCCGCUGCAAUUGAGAUAUUACGAAUUAGACCAGGGUCUUAAUCACAUCGUUCAGAAGAAGAGCAAAUCGACUAUACCAGCUCACGCAAGUCUUCUUAUCCCGGUACCAGGACAUAUCGGUGGCGUUUUGAUAGUGUGCGACUCCUACAUUAUAUACGAGAAGGGACCAGAAAGUGAGAGACUCUACCUAUCUCUUCCAAGAAGAAAUGGGUCUGAUACAACGGCUAUAGUUUGUUUCUGCUCGCAUAUCCUAAAGAAGACCGACUUUUUUGUCCUCAUGCAAAGCUCCUUGGGUGACUUAUUCAAGUUGACCUUUGACUACAACAAAGAUACCGAGCAAGUGAACAGCUUAUCAGUGACAUAUUUUGAUACAAUCCCAGUAUGCAACACUAUCAACAUCAUCCGGGCAGGAUUCAUGUUUGCCAAUGUUGCAAAUGACAGCAAAUUACUUUAUCAAUUUGAAAAAUUGGGCGAGGAGAAUGAAACUACUUCAAGAUCAUCCUCAAAAAUUACCACAGUAGAGGAAUGUGGUAUGUUUUCUCCGAGGGGAUUGGAGAACUUGGCAUUAGUCGACAUUUUGGAGACUUUAGGGCCAAUCGCCUCAUCUGAAACAGUUCAACAAAGGUCUCAAAAACAUACAGAUUUGAAAACGCUGUUGCUUACCCUCUCUUCUCAUUCUUACCUAAAAUGUAUGUCUUACGGUAUACCCGUUGCAGAGCUUGUCUCAUCUCCUUUGCCCAUCACUCCUACGGUCAUUUUUACCACGAAGAGACUUCAAGGUGCAACAAGCGACGAGUACUUAGUACUUUCAUCUAGUCUUUCCUCACAAACCCUUGUCUUGUCUAUAGGUGAGGUUGUGGAAGAAGUAAAGGACUCUUGUUUUGUGACUGACCAGUAUACCCUUGGAGUUCAGCAAGUCGGAAAAUGUUCUGUGAUUCAGAUACAUACAAAUGGUAUACGACACAUCAAACAUCUUCUUGACGACGGAGGUAAGCACAUUGUUGAUAAAAAGCUAACCGACUGGUAUCCACCUGCCGGUAUCCACGUUGUCCAUGUUAGCGCAAACGAGGCGCAAGUCAUCUUAGGACUCUCCAAUCGUGAAAUUUGCUACUUCGAGGUUGAUUCUACGGAUGAUCAACUCGCAGAGUAUCAAGAAAAGCAUGAAGUUAGUUCUGAUCUCAUCACUGCUAUUGCCAUAUUGGGCACCUCAUCAAAUCGGAAAAGUGAUUUUGCAGCUGUUGCAUGUGCCGAUGAAACGAUCCAAAUAUUAUCAUUACACCCAGAUCGAGUCUUUGAGACUAUCACACUUCAGGCGCUAUCAUCAAAAUGCACAUCAUUGUUAAUGUUGCCUUUCGAUCGUAGCUCUGCUCAUCUUCAUGUUGGUAUGGAAAGUGGAGUCUAUGCAAGAAUACAAAUGGAUACCUUGACGGGUAAAUUACUGGAUACCCGUCUGAAAUACGUGGGGUCUCGGUCUGUAUCAUUGAGCCCAUUGAAGCUUCCCAAUACGGAACUUCUUGGAAUAUUGGCUAUCAGUUCCAAUCCAUGGAUAGGGUACCAGAAUGUUGAGAAUCAAUUCAAAUUGAUGCCUUUGCUUGGAUCUGACAUCAUAAGUGGUCUGUCAUUCUACUCUGAAGAUAUUGGGACUGAGAGUGUUGUAGGAAUCAGCGGAAGCGACAUGACCAUCUUCACCAUUGGAAAUGACGAGACUGGUUUCAAUUUGAAUGACGAGUUUCAUUCGGAGCUGACAAAAUUACGCUUUCAGCCCAGAAAGCAUUUAUUCGACACCAAGAGCAAUUGUGUGAUUAUCCUUGAAUCUGAAGCUGACACAGUAUCGCCAUAUCUGUUGUCAGAUGGAGAUGUAGAUGAGGAUUACUACCAGGCAUUUGGUUAUGAUAGAAAAACUGGCCUGUGGGCUUCAUGUUUGCAGAUAAUCGGCCUAGAAGACAAAGAGGUUUCACAAUCGAUAUCUUUUGAUGACAACGUCUGCUUCCUUUCAUUGACUUUCGCUUCCUUCAAUGAUAAUGAGCACGUUGUGAUCUCGUUCAGUGAGAAUCAUUCAAUCCUUCCGCCUUCAGCCUCGUCAUAUGGUCUUUAUGUUUAUAAGAUAAGGAGGCAAAAAGGAAGCUGUCUUAAGUUGGAUUUUGUGCACAAGACUAUACUUGAUGGUCCUGUUACUGCGAUGAUAUCCUUUGAAGGAAAGCUUCUCGUUGGAGUCAAGAGCUCUUUACGGCUCCUUGAUCUAGGUCAAAAACAGAUGCUCCGAAAAUCAUUCACUGAAACGAAUUUUCUACGUCGCCCCACACAAAUGGCCUAUCUUGGUGAGAGUAUUGUUGUCGUUGGUGAUUCAAGUGAGUCUGUUUCAUAUUUCAAAUUCGAUGUCGCAAAAAAUCAAUUCGAACUACUUUGCAGUGACGUAAUGAAGCGACAAGUGACAGCUUUCAAAAUGCUUGACUUCAGUACCUUGAUCGGAGGUGACAAAUUUGGUAAUAUAUUUGUGUCCCGGCUCCCAGAUGACUUAAGGACUCAACUCAAUAAUAACGUGCUCCUUAGAUUUAAUGACGACGCUUUAGAUGCCUCGAGCAAACUUCAGAGCAAAUGUGAAUUUUACGUGGAGGACAUCCCAACUUCGUUUUCAAAAGGAACUUUUGUUGUUGGUGGCAAGGAGAGCAUUGUCUACACCGGUCUACGAGGAACAGUGGGCUUGUUGAUACCGUUGUCUACCAAGCUGGAAAUCGAGCUCUUGAGAAAUCUUGAGGCUGAACUUCGAGCCUACUUCUUCACCGAAUUUGAUGAAUUUGAUCCAAAAAAGCAUGGCAAAAACUUGUUGGGCAAGGAUCAACAUAAGUUUCGGUCGUACUAUAAUCCUGCCAAAAAUGUUGUCGAUGGAGACUUUGUUGAACGAUUUCACGAAGUAAGUGCGUCCCAAAAAAUUAGAAUCGCCAGCAAAUUGGGAAGAACGCCUAGAGAGAUUGAAAAGAAACUUUACGAUGUUAGAAAUAGAUCUGCAUUUUAA